AUGAGGCCAACCAUAGAGAAAUCUACCCAGGAGGGUACCGGGCACACAGUGUCUGGGGAAUCCCUCCCGGAGUCAAACGGCUCCGGCAGCUCCCACUCGUAUUCUGGGGGGAGCACCAAAUGUCAAACCUGCCCGUCGCCGAGCAGUAAAUCCGGCGACGUUAUCGCGGAGGACGCGAGAAACGUGGAGGUAGUGUCGAACACCGACACUGCCUCGGAGAGGAGCGGAGCGAGUACCCCUAUGGUCUCAGCUGUGGAGCAGCACCAGAAGGGUACUCCAAAGCGCAAAAGGCGCUCGCUUCGCCUGGGCCUGAAGAGGCAAUUGGAGUCGGCCUCUAGCGAUGAGGCCUCGGCUCCCAAAGUCGGCACAAGCCGCAGAGGCGCUCGCGGCGGAGGCCGACUCCCCAAGGCCAUGGUGGCCCGAAAGAAGGUGGCGGUCCAGUCCGCGGCUCUGGGAGGAGCCGAAGAUGGGGGUCUUGGACGGAGUAAACAGGAGGGGGUCGCGUCCGAGAUGUCGACCACUGAUGUGGGGAGCGGGGGUGGGGGUGCUGGCCUCGUUGAGCUACGAGGCAAAACCGGCAACCCCGUCGACCGGAUCGAGGAGGCAAUCGGCGCGGCCGAUUCCUUGCUUCAGACGUCCGGUGUGGCCGGGGGCCCCCAACAGGAGGCCCUGGUAGCGGUCGUGCGCUCCAUAAUCGAGGCGGGCAGACUCCUUGUGGCCGAGAGCAGGGCCCACGCUAGGGAGAGAGCCCGCCUCGAGGCGGAUCUCGCCAAGGCUCGUGCCCACGCUGGUGCCACACCAGCGCCUUCGGCACCGUUGGCACCGUUGGCGCUGUCCGCCCCGGAGCCGGAGCCGGAGCCGAGCUUAGUCCGACUCAUGGCGGAGAUGGAGGAGCGGAUAAUGAGGCGCAUCUCCGCUGUAGAGAGCGCCCGUUGUCGCCCACCUCUGGCUCCGCCAAAGGCGACAUAUGCGGCCGCUGCCAAGGCGGGCCUAACAGCCCAGCCAGCAGCUAGGGUGGCUGGGCCGUCAUCAGCGCCCCCGCCCCAGAAGGCCGGAAAGGGCAAAGGGAGGGGGAAGGCGGCCCCAACCCAAGCCCCAGUCUCGGCCCCGGCUGACACCGCACAGCGCUCGUUGGAGCGGGGCUGGACGGUGGCCGGGGACAACAAAAAGAGGCGGAAGGCCGCCAAAAAAGCGGCCAAGAAGGCGAGGAGGGACGCCGCCGCCGCCGCGAAGGGAGCGCCGAGGAAGCUCCGCGCCCCUCGCUCCUCGGCCGUCGUAAUCACUUUGACGGCGGAGGCAGCGGAGAGGGGCGUGGGGUACGCCGAGGUCUUGACGAAAGUCAAGGCCAACGUGGACCUCAAAGCCCUCGAGAUUCCGGGCGUCCGGUGUAAGAACACACGGACGGGAGCCCGGCUCCUCGAGGUAGCCGGCGCUACCAGUGGCCCCAAAGCCGAUGCCCUAGCGGCUAAGCUGAGGGAGUCACUGGAUGCAGCUGACGUCCGAGUGUCCAGGCCCACUAAAUGCGCCGAAAUCCGCAUCACGGGCCUGGACGACUCUGUCACGGCGGACGAGCUCAGACUCGCCGUGGCGGAGACGGGAAGCUGCCCUCUGGACAGCGUGAAGGCCGGAGCAAUACGCUUCGGCCCCGGUGGACAGGGGGCAGCGGUUGUCAGCUGCCCCAUCGCGGCGGCCCAGAAGGUCGCCGAUGGACGGAGCCUCCUGGUCGGAGGUUUCCUGAGGGCGCAGGCACGACUCCUGCAGGCCCGACCGGCAAGGUGCUUCAGGUGCCUGUCGGUGGGUCACGUAGGGGUGCACUGCACGGCGGAGGCCACCGUAGGUGACCGAUGCUUCCGCUGUGGCCAGCCCGGUCACAAGGCGGGUGGCUGCAACGCUCCGCUGCGUUGCUUUAGGUGCGCAGCGGGGGGCAAGCCUGCCGACCACCGGGUUGGUGGUAAGGCCUGUGCCCUAUCGCGACCGAAGCCGGGAGGCCGACCUUCCGCCUCCGAGCCGCUGAUCCAGACGGAGAGUGCCGCUGGACAGCCGCAAAGUUCGCUGCGGGAUGCGGGGAUGGAAGUCCAGUGA